AUGAUAAAUUAUCAUUUAGCCAAUAAAGUCAAUAGAGGAUUACCAGAACAAUCAUAUUUAAAUAAUCGUCAAGUAAGUGCAACACCAAUGAUUAGUACUUGUUAUUCAUAUAAUAAUUGUGAAAAUGAUUUGAAACGUCUUAAUUCAAUUAUAUCUGUAACACGUAUUGGAUUUUGUUCAUGGAAUAAAUAUCCAGAAAAAUAUGCUAGCGUAAUAAUUAAUCUUCGUACGAUACUAGUUGUAUUUUCUAAAUAUUCAAAUCUUUAUAGUCCAAAUUCAUUUAUUGAUACAAAUCGAUUUUCAUCACCAGAAAAUUUAGGUCAAUUUCUUAUUAAAGCUGUAUAA